CAGCACAGCAUAUGACAGCAGGAGCAGCCACAGCGGCCCGAGCCCUUCUCUCUCCAGCGGGUUUUGCUGCAGUACGCUGAUUGCCACUUGACAGCAGCCAGCCAGCCCCCCAGCAGCAGGCACUCGGAGGAGACUCUGCGUGGGCACUUGUUUAAGGAGUACCUGACUAAACAAUUGGGUUAUUCUUUAACUGCGGGAGAAGUGCCUGUAUUCGCUUCACGCAAGCUCCCUACUGGCUUUCUGCAUUUGUAAUUUAUCGGAGCUGCUUCUUCCUCCGUCUUUCUCCCAUUACUUCUUUCUUCUUUUUUUUUUCUUUUUUUUUUUUUUUUUCGCGAUCAUUAUUCUUCCCCCUCCCAAAUCUGUGCUGCAUCACUAGCUCUCAUUAUGCUGUGCUCAGUAGCCCGGUGUGUUCUCUGCCUCUGCUAGGCAGUGGCAGCAUGGAUGGUGCUCUUGUGACGACCUCUGCUGAUGCUAUCAGUCCACUGCGGAUAGGCAUGCUGAGUAAUCCUGCUGUAAAUGGGCGAGGACACGGACACACGAAAAAUUAACCACAGCUUUCUUCGAGACCACAACUAUGUGACUGAAGGUAUACAUGCAGAGAGGCAUCUUCUCCUUCAAAUGGAAACAGAGCAGAAAAAAGGAAAAGAAUGGAAAAAGGCUCAGGAGAAGCAUUCUGUUUUGGUCCUGCUUAUCUCAAGAUGCUGUUCCGCUUCCUCUGCAUCUGAACAGGCAGCAACCUGGAACCUGCCCACAUUCCCCAACAAAGUGUUGCACAGACACAGCCAGAGGGUUUGUUCAAACAAGGACAGGUAUAGCAAGGGCGGCAGCAAUGCAAGCUUCCCCACAUUGUCCUGCCAAUGCUCCUCAACCCAGUACUGAAGAGGUCACUUCUGGAGGGAAAGCUAUAAGGAAGCUUGUGCGCAAGGCGACUCUGGUGGCACCUAGAAUCCUCAGAUUUCCUUGACUGAAUCCAUCUGGGUUUAGCCCUAAAUAUAGUAGACAAGCUGCACUGCUUGCACUGAUAGAUUAUAUCUUCCAAAUGAUAGACCAAGCUGAUAUUAUUUCUACAGUUGAGUUCAACCACACUGGAGAACUGCUGGCUACUGGUGACAAGGGGGGUCGGGUUGUUAUAUUCCAAAGGGAACCUGAGAGUAAAAAUGAGCCUUACAAUCAGGGGGAGUACAAUGUUUACAGCACUUUCCAGAGCCAUGAACCUGAAUUUGAUUAUUUGAAGAGCUUGGAAAUAGAAGAAAAAAUAAACAAGAUCAAGUGGUUACCACAGCAAAAUGCAGCUCACUCACUUUUAUCAACAAAUGAUAAAACAAUCAAGUUAUGGAAGAUUACUGAAAGAGAUAAGAGACCAGAGGGGUACAACUUAAAAGAUGAAGAAGGAAAACUUAAAGAUCUUUCUACAGUGACAUCACUGCAGGUGCCUGUAUUGAAACCUAUGGAUUUGAUGGUAGAAGUCACUCCCCGGAGAAUCUUUGCUAAUGGUCACACCUAUCACGUCAACUCAAUAUCUGUCAACAGUGACUGUGAGACAUAUAUGUCAGCGGAUGAUCUCAGGAUUAACCUCUGGCAUUUAGCAAUCACAGAUAGGAGCUUCAACAUCGUAGAUAUAAAGCCAGCCAAUAUGGAGGACCUGACAGAAGUGAUUACAGCCUCUGAGUUUCAUCCCCAUCACUGCAAUCUCUUUGUCUACAGCAGCAGCAAAGGAUCCCUGAGACUCUGCGACAUGAGGGCAUCGGCUCUCUGUGACAAACAUUCCAAGCUUUAUGAAGAACCAGAAGACCCCAGUAACAGAUCAUUUUUUUCAGAAAUUAUCUCUUCAGUGUCAGAUGUCAAGUUCAGUCACAGUGGUAGAUACAUGCUAACAAGAGAUUACCUCACUGUCAAGGUUUGGGAUCUGAACAUGGAAACAAAGCCUGUAGAAACGUACCAGGUCCACGAUUACCUUAGGAGCAAGUUGUGUUCCCUGUAUGAAAAUGACUGCAUCUUUGACAAGUUUGAAUGUGCAUGGAACGGAUCAGACAGUGUGAUAAUGACAGGUGCAUAUAACAACUUUUUUCGAAUGUUUGACCGAAAUACCAAGCGGGAUGUUACCCUGGAGGCAUCCCGAGAGAGCAGUAAACCACGAGCUAUUCUUAAGCCCCGGAGAGUCUGUGUCGGAGGCAAACGGAGGAAAGAUGACAUCAGUGUUGACAGUUUGGACUUUACUAAGAAGAUCUUGCACACAGCGUGGCACCCAACUGAGAACAUCAUUGCUAUAGCAGCGACAAACAAUCUGUACAUAUUUCAGGAUAAAGUGAACUCAGAAAUGCACUAGAUUUAACAAUAUCCCUCUAUAUUUACAAACCAGCCUCUUGAGAGUUGUAGAAGGAUGUUAUCUUCACAAAUAUUGUGGCUUCUGUGGUGGGAUUUGUAGGUUGCAUCCUUUCAUCCCUCAGCCUGUAUCAUUAUUGGUGGCAAGCCAACUAUUUUCCAUCACUGCAACUGUAUGAGUAAAAGGCACGACUGCAAAUCCAGUACUGUGGUCUGUAUUGGUUCUUUUACCCAAACAGGGGUAAUUAUUCACUUUGGGAGUGUUCCUGAGGAGUGCUGAGACUUCUCAACGCCCAUCAAUCCUUUUGAGGGUCUCAGUGGUUUGCAGGACCAUGCUGUUCUGCUGCGCUGCCUGCUUUUGCAGUUCACAGCAUUUACCACAUUGUUAGAGCUUUUUGCCUCAUUUUUUUUUCUUCAGCAACAUUUUCCUGUCUUUCAACUAGGCCAAGCCUGUUGGAGUGACUGAAUAACCACAUCCCUUUGAGCACGUGGCACAAUGGAGGAGCCUCGUGACAAUUAUAACUGGAAGCAGAAUCUCUGCUGCUGAAAAACUGCCCUGUCUCACCCAUCCUAUUCCCUUCUUUACACCACCCUCUUCUUUAUUUAUUUAUUCGCAUUACUAACCUUGUGCUACAACUUAAUGACUGACAGACUGGUAAAGUUACUCAGCCAGCUUAUUUUCAGAAGUUCAUUUUCCAUAAAUCUCUUUGCUCUGUUUAAAACAAUAACUAGUAUCUUCAUCAUGUGGAGGACUAUAACAAAUCUUGGUAUUGCCACUCCAGAGGGACUCACUGGUCAGAUGUAGCCUGGCAAUUAACACACAAACCCGUCCUACCACUUGGGGGUUGGGGUUAUGCAAACCUUGGCUAGAACUGCUGUCCUUACAGGCAAUGAUUGACUUAAGUGGGAAUAAAGUUAUGUCACUGCUAGACAUUUCAGAAAGUCCCUCAUUUAUUUACUGCAGCAUGGUUAUUUUAAUCCUGGCAUUGGGGGAAUACACGUGAUGCCACGGGAUCUGUAAAAGGAAGGUGCUGUGAGAUUCACCACUGCUCAGUGAAUUUAAAUAAGUCCACUGCUGGGUGACAGAAUUAUUCCUGGAGGAAUAAAAACUACAAACCAAACAAAAGCUUUUUCAACAUAAAUACCUUUAUUCAAAUAAAUAGUGAUGUGAAUGGAAAAAGAAGGUACAUACAAGUGUUGUACCACAUGCAGGAAUUAUGUGGAAAGGGUGCAGUGGGCAAGGAGUCCUCUUAAGUUCUGUUGCAUUCCUAAUAGCUCUGGCAGAAAAAAUAAGAUCCCAAAGGAUUUCUCCUCAAACCAUGAAUAAAAGAGCGCAACUCAGAUGGCCUGUUAAUCUGCUCGUAUUAAAACUCCUCAGAAAAAAAAUAAAAGAAAGAAAAGAAAGAAAAGAAAGAAUGAAGCCAUUAUGCACUGAUAUCUUGGUAAGUGGAGAAUGUUCUGAUGAAGGGAUCUGCAUGUUUUUGUAUUUUGGUCUGAGGGAAAGGGCAAAUGAAAAUCUGCUUACAAGAACUAAAAAGAAAAAAAACAAAGCCUACAGCUUUUAUAUGACAUCUCAACACAACACAUGAAAUCCGUAUGUUUGAAGUUUUCUAGAUGAGUGCUGUAUAUUUUGUGUGUAGAAGCACAAACGCAUGUGCAUCAGUUUCCAGCCACACUAAACACGUAUGGUAUGAAAUGUGUAGGUUAAUUUUGAAGGGAACGAGGAAUGUUUGUUUAUAAAAUACUGUAUGCUGUAGCAGGCAUGGACAGUACGUGUACAUAUUUAUUCUAAUGAAAUUUAACAAAAUUGCUUUUCUAUUUUCUUUUUUCUUUUUUUUUUUUUCCUUGUAAAAAGGUUUAAGAAUGUGGUAAAUUGUAUAGCGAACUUGUUAAUGCCAAACUACUGCUUCAAGGGUGUCAUACAAUUUCUUUGACUUUUGGCCUCCUCCAUUAACCUUUGCAGCUCAAAAAAAAAAAGCUAUUAGCUCAUAUUGGCAUUUACAGCUAGAAGUACUGUAAAGCAUAUAUUUAGCUUUUAACAUUCUCAAGUAAGAUUCUAUAAAUACCUUAUUAUAAAGCAGUUCUUCUUAAUACAACAAGUUUUUGGUUUUAAUUUGAAGUACCUUACUCUGUUACAGCUUUGGGUACCAAAAAUACCAUGUUAAAAUUAAAGAAAGAAAUAUAUCUUUGGAGCUUUAUAAAAUUAAUGAAAUGCCCAACCAAAAUACCAUGAAGUGAUUAUAGAGGAAAUCAAUAGAAACCUUUCAAAGACCAGUAUUCCAUUUCUGUCUUUCACAUCACUACUACUGAUCGGUUUCUUGAAUGUAUGGAAAGUUAACCGUCAUUGUGAACGUUUCCCAUUUUCUUUCUCUCUUUAGUUUGAGCUUUCAGUGGUGUAGAGUAAGUGAUGGUAAAGUUGGUAAAUCUGAUUGUUUUGAAAGCUGUUGUUCAUGGCUGCAUUCUUUGUGUUGCACAAAUUAGCUAACUGUUGAAUAAAAAUAUAAAUAUGUUAA